CACCACCACCCCCAUUGGCCCGCCCCUUGCCUUGGCUCACUCUUGGGCAGACCGGAACCUGCCCUCUCCAGGGACUCCCGUCGUCUUCCUAGCUGAGAGGAUCCUGGCACCCUCGGAGGGGUGGCCGCAGAAGAGUUCCUUCUGAGACUCAAGAGAAGCAGGAUCCGAGCUCUGUCUGCUCAGUUCUCUGCACGACUCCCCUUCACCAAGAAACAGCCCAGCAGGCAGCGCCUGGCAGCACCAUGCUUUAUAACGUCAGCAAAGGUGUGGUCUAUUCAGAUACAGCCCUGCCACGGAAGGACGGGGACAGGGAAGGAAUUCAGGUAGGAGCUGGGGGAGCCCUGGCCCCCAAUACCUCCUCCCUAUUUCCCCCUGAGCCUCCAGGGGCCUCAAGCAACAUCAUUCCUGUCUACUGUGCUCUCCUAGCCACUGUGGUCCUUGGCCUGCUUGCCUACGUGGCCUUCAAAUGCUGGCGCUCACAUAAGCAAAGGCAACAGUUGGCUAAAGCUCGGACUGUAGAGCUAGGGGACCCUGACAGGGACCAGAGGCAUGGUGAAAGCAACGUCUUCGUGGACUCUCCUCCUGGUCUGGAACCCUGUAUUCCCAGCCAGGGACCACAUCCGGACCUUGGCUGCCGGCUUUACCUGCAUAUCCCGCAGCAGCAGCAGGAGGAAGUCCAGCGGCUCUUGAUGUUGGGUGAGCCAGCCAAAAGCUGGCAGGGGCUGGCAGGCCACCUCGGCUACCAGGCUGAGGCUGUGGAAACCAUGGCCUGUGACCAGGUGCCAGCCUAUACCCUGCUAAGGAACUGGGCUGCCCAAGAAGGCAGUAGAGCUACCCUCAGAGUGCUGGAGGAUGCUCUGGCUGCCAUAGGCAGAGAAGAUGUGGUCCAGGUUUUGAGCUCAUCAGCUGAGGGCUCCUCAGUGGUGUGAGUGCCGCCUCCCAGGGCUGCCUGCCCUAGCUCUGAGCAUUCUCCUGGCCUCAUGUCCUUCAUGGGCUUCCUAGUCCUUCUCUGGCUUCAGCCUGCUGUUGUGGCAGAACACAAAAGAUCCAGCCACUUCAUGUUCCUUCUCCAUCCUCUCCAAGAUAGAAGCGAGGGACUUGGGGGGAUGGGUAAGAGAGUGGGGCAUGGAUUCGCCCACAGAUUCUCAUUCUGCCUCUUUAUGUGCUCUAGUUAUUUUUUUCUAUUUCUUUUUAAGAAUCACAUAUUAAAGGUACCUUUGGAGUUUUGUUCUA